GCUGUGGAGGCAAAAUGAAGGUCCUGGCUCUUGCUCUUUGUUUGACGCUAAUAAGUCUGGGAUACAGCAACACACUGGACUCCUGUCAGGGUCGCUGUGGAUACGGAACAGACAGCAACUUCUCCUGUCAGUGUAAUCCAUCCUGCGAACGCUUCAAAGACUGUUGCUCAGAUUACGUAGAAUUGUGCAAAGAAGCCUCUACCACUUGUAAGGGGAGAUGUGGUGAGAACUACAACAGUCAGAACAAGUGUCACUGCAACUCCAAGUGCCAACAGUACAACAACUGUUGCAACGACUACGAGGAUCAUUGCGACGGUGACGAAGGUGGUAGCGGUCCUGAGAUCACAGACGCUGAGCUCAAGAAGAUAUCUGAGACUCUCUAUGCCUUGGACUCCAACAAAGCUUCAGCCUCUGACCUCAUCAUUGACCCUCAGACUCUGGUCUCGGACUCCCAGACCAGUUCACAAAAUGACCUCUCCUCCAAGCCGUUGUUCCGGUACCUGAACGAGGAGCUGCUCUUCUCCAGGCCAACAUACGCUGCCCUGCGGGCUGUGUUGGACAACUACAACCGGAUGACAGGACAGAAUGAGGACUUCAGCUCGCAGCAGCUGGAUGAACAGGAGAACUUUGUGAGGGAAACCAUGUCCAACACAGAGCUGGGCAAAGAACUCUUUAUGUUCCUCCACAGCAAAGGCGUCUACACUUCAGAGGAAGAGUUUCUCCAUGACCUGAAGAUGAUGUGGUUUGGCCUCUACUCUCGUAACAACAAGAAGAUGGACUCCAGUGGGUUUGAGCACAUCUUCGCAGGUGAAAUCAAGGGCGGCAAAGUGUCCGGCUUCCACAACUGGAUCCAGUUUUACCUGCUUGAAAAACGAGGACUUCUCAACUACUACAGCCACAGCUUCAACGGGCCUUGGACCACCUUCCCAGACAUCCUGGGUAUGCAGUUCAAAUGGGACGGUUACUACAAGCAGGUCGGUUCUGCGGUGAUCGGCUGCAGCCCCGAGUUCGACUUCGCCAUUUACAGCCUCUGUUACAUCACCCGACCUGGAAAACAGUGUCGUCUCAGCAUUGGAGGCAAACAGCUGAUCAUCCAAACGUACACGUGGGACAACUCAUCCUAUGGAAAUGGAAAGAAGUUCAUCGGCUCUGCCUUUCCAGCGUCUCCCUGAGGCGGUUACAGGACAAUGAGAAACAACCGAUUUACUAAAUAAACCAGCGUCGCUGUGUGUGUACAUACUUACAGCACCACAUGAACCUGAACCAGACCUUCAUGACUGAA